AUGAACAUGAAAGGUUCAGUCAUCUUUUUGACUGCGGCAAUUACCUUGAGGAUGGUAAGAACGACUCAUCCUGAUUGCUCUAUAGUCCUGCACCUACAGGAGAGAGAGACUGAAUGUCAGCUCAGAAUGCAGACCAGCUCAGGACAGCCUCUAACCACAUCCAACAUUACUGACGGCUGCAUGGUGGAGUGGGAUGGUGUGAGCUGUUGGCCAGUGGCUGUAGUUGGAGAGAGUGUCUCAGUGUUAUGCCCUCAACCACUCCGGAAACUCAACUCAACCCCUGUUUUCAUCACACGUAACUGCACCAGUCAGGGAUGGAGCAGACAUAGUGUACCAUAUUACAUUGCCUGCUAUAAGGAGGACAGUGAUGAGGAGACAGUAGACAAGCAAGAAUACUUUGCCUCAGUCAAGCUGAUGUACACAGUUGGAUAUGGCGUGUCUCUGGGUUCUCUGUUUAUUGCUGUCCUGAUAUUCUGCAUCUUCAGGAAACUGUUGUGCACUCGCACCUACAUCCACCUCAACCUGUUUUCCACCUUCAUCUUGAGAGGCAUAGCUGUUUUCGUGAAGGAUGCUGUGCUAUUUGCAGAUGAGACUGUGGACCACUGCACUGUCUCCACGGUUGGAUGCAAAGCUGCUGUGACGUUCUUCCAGUACUGUGUGUUGGCAAACUUCUUCUGGCUCCUUGUGGAAGGAUUAUACCUGCAAACCCUACUAGUAUUCACCUUUGCUCGGAAAAAGACGUUCUUCUGGUGGUACACUCUUAUUGGCUGGGGCAGUCCAUCCCUGACCAUAGCCAUCUGGACAUUACUAAAGAGUCUGUACGACAACCACGGGUGCUGGGAUGACCUGGACAGUGGCCUUUGGUGGAUUAUCAAAGCUCCUAUCCUCCUAUCUGUGUUUGUGAAUUUUUUGGUGUUUGUGAACAUCAGCAGGAUUAUUGUUCUGAAGACAAAGACUCCAGACUCCAGUGGUGGAGAACGAUCAGUUUACAGUCGGCUGGCAAAGUCCACUCUGCUGCUGAUCCCCCUGUUUGGGGUGCAUUACGUUGUUUUCGCUUUGCUCCCUGAACACGUGGGGCUGGAGGCCAGAUUGUACUUUGAGCUUGUCCUGGGAUCAUUUCAGGGCUGUAUAGUCGCAUUGUUGUACUGCUUCUUGAAUAAUGAGGUCCAAAACGAAAUAAGAAAACACAUGAAGCGAUGCAUGUCCCAGAGUGACAACAACACAUUCAAUCUGGUAACCCAGGACAGGGCUGUUGAUGAACUUUAG